UAAGAAGAUAGUGUGAUGGGGUAGCACCUAUACUGUGUAUUAUAUCGUGCGCCCGGCCUCGGUAUCCAGGAAUACUGACCUCACUUUAUGUUUAAUGAUCAGAGACUUUUACGAAUAACUUCAACUGCGGAGGGCGCCGCCAAUGCCAACGAAUGGAUCAUAGUCGACAUCGCCUCGAUGAGAUAUCCCAUCUCCUCUGCCGUCCACAUACUCCACUCAUUUCAUUCGAGGGACAGUUCACGGAGGGAUGGACUCAAUCGCAGUACAUCGAUGAAAUGUCUACGCCCAAUGACGUUCGUCCUGACACCGUUCACAGACAAUUUCACAAGCGAGCAUUGGGAUCUCUCGACGAGACACUGAAGAGCAGGGGGCCAAGGGGGGGGGUAUUGAGUUAAGAGAACUGGGAAUUGCCGUAAAUCAAAAAUGCAAUUGGGCGGCUUCAUCCCGACACUCGCGAUUCGCCGUGUAGUGAAAAUACCUGGACAUACGGUAUGCCCAAGCAAUGUUGUCACACCUUUGCUGAACGGACCCCACAGUUGGAACGCCUUCAGCUGUGCAUAAAUAUUCCGUCGAGUGCGGAUCCCUUCGUUGACACCGUAGCUAAUGCGAGGAUAGAUCAUGCAUUCGUCGAUAUGAUCUGCUGCCGACCACGGUUGUCUACGAAGGUUUCAGCGGGCGCAAGAGGUAUGUCGCUGACUCGUAGACCUUUUGUGAUUGGGGACAGCAAGCUCGGCCAUCUG